UAACUUGGCGUUGUGUUCAUCUCCCUCCAGUCAUGUCUGAGCCACAGAGAUGGGCAAGAUCGAGAGCAACGAGAGGGUGAUCCUCAAUGUCGGGGGCACCCGGCACGAAACUUACCGCAGCACCCUCAGGACGCUGCCCGGGACGCGCCUGGCCUUGCUUGCUGCCUCGGAGCCCCACAGCGGCGGUGACCACCCGGUCGGCGGCCGCGAGUUCUUCUUCGACCGGCACCCGGGCGUCUUCGCUUACGUGCUCAACUACUAUCGCACCGGCAAGCUGCACUGUCCAGCAGACGUGUGCGGGCCACUCUUCGAGGAGGAGCUGGCCUUCUGGGGCAUAGACGAGACCGACGUGGAGCCCUGCUGCUGGAUGACCUAUCGGCAGCACCGCGACGCCGAGGAGGCGCUCGACAUCUUCGAGACCCCCGAUCUCAUCGGUGGCGAUCCCGGGGACGACGAGGACCUGGCGGCCAAGAGGCUGGGCAUAGAAGAUGCAGCGGGGCUCGGGGCGCCAGACGGCGCCGCUGGCCGCUGGAGGAGGUUGCAGCCCCGCAUGUGGGCCCUCUUUGAGGACCCCUACUCGUCCAGAGCCGCCAGGUUUAUUGCUUUUGCUUCUUUAUUCUUCAUCCUGGUUUCAAUCACAACCUUUUGCCUGGAGACACAUGAAGCUUUCAAUAUUGUUAGAAACAAGACAGAACCAGUCAUCAAUGGCACAAGAGCUGUUCUACAAUAUGAAAUUGAAACGGAUCCUGCCUUGACAUAUGUAGAAGGAGUAUGUGUGGUAUGGUUUACUUUUGAAUUUUUAGUCCGUAUUGUUUUCUCCCCCAAUAAACUUGAAUUCAUCAAAAAUCUCUUGAAUAUUAUUGACUUUGUGGCCAUCCUACCCUUCUACUUAGAGGUGGGACUCAGUGGGCUCUCAUCCAAAGCUGCUAAAGAUGUGCUUGGCUUCCUUAGGGUGGUAAGGUUUGUGAGGAUCCUGAGAAUCUUCAAGCUCACCCGCCAUUUUGUAGGCCUAAGGGUGCUUGGACACACUCUUCGAGCUAGUACUAAUGAAUUUUUGCUGCUGAUAAUCUUCCUGGCUCUAGGAGUUUUGAUAUUUGCCACUAUGAUCUACUAUGCUGAGAGAGUAGGAGCUCAACCUAACGAUCCUUCAGCUAGCGAGCACACACAGUUCAAAAACAUUCCCAUUGGGUUCUGGUGGGCUGUAGUGACCAUGACUACCCUGGGCUAUGGGGAUAUGUACCCCCAAACGUGGUCAGGGAUGGUGGUGGGAGCCCUGUGUGCUCUGGCCGGAGUACUGACAAUAGCCAUGCCGGUGCCUGUGAUUGUGAACAAUUUUGGAAUGUACUACUCCUUGGCAAUGGCGAAGCAGAAACUUCCAAGGAAAAGAAAGAAGCACAUUCCUCCUGCCCCUCAGCCAAGCUCACCUACCUUUUGCAAGACAGAAUUAAAUAUGGCCUGCAAUAGCACACAGAGUGACAUGUGUCUGGGCAAAGACAAUCUACUUCUGGAACAUAACAGAUCAGGUAAGGCACAAUUUCAAAUGCGUGUUAUAAAUACUUUAUAGACCAGUAUCUUAAGCGGGGGGAGGCAGCCAUUCUUAUUUUCCGCAAAUGUUCAUGAGUUCUCAGCCCUACCCCUUCACCAAACUUUUCUGCAUGUGUCAGGCUUGUAGAUGACUAGAUUAUAGCAUUUCCAAAUGAACUUCAAAUAGAAAUCUGCAUAGCUGGUCUAUAGAGUUUUCCUGCUUUAGUGGGAAUGCCCUUUGCUGAUGGUGCCAAUAUUUUCUUUUGCCUGUUUGUUGCUUUUGUGCCAAUGUUUCGUUUCCCUGCACGAUGUAAUGGUAUAAUAUCGAUCAUCUUCCACUCUUCAUCCUCAAAAUGUUGAUCUCCAUAUUGUUUGGCUUGGUGUGUUUGUCUCAGUUUUACCUCUGCCACAUGGUGGUGUGCAUCUCAGUAUAAUUCAGAAGAGGCAGUUAUUUAAGAAGAGUAGAUAUUUUCAUUGCAAAAGCCUAAAGACCAAAGAGGUGAUAUGGGAGAUGGCCUUUUUAAAAAACAAAACUCUUCCCUAGUAAUAUUCUCAAGGAUUGGGUAAAUUUUCAAAUUUUUAAAGUAGGUAGGGCAUCUCAGUAUAACCCCUGUGAUGAAACAAGAUGCCAUGACAUAUAAAUUAACCCACCUUUAGUCAGGGCAUAGAUGAUCUGCUUUGGAAAAUCAAUGAAAAAGUUAUUCCUCUGUGGAUUUCCCUUUUUUAUGCACUAUGCAUUGGACUCUGCUCACUCCCAGAACUGAGUUUUGGAUGAUUUACCACCUGAGAUAAGGAGAAACUGGUCCCUUCCAUUACCAGAGGUAAUCUAGAGUUGAUUGACUGUAAAUUGACACUUAGUUUGCCAAAGGGAUAGUCAGAUGAAAGAUAGGGUCAUCUCUUGUCUGUUAUGUCUGGUACAGAAGAAAUAUUUUGUAAACAAUCUAAUUAGCUUUUAGUCCACUGUGAAAAUUUAAGGCCUUUGCCUUCCCUGAAACUUAGAUACAUUCAAUAUUUUUCUUGUAGAAAAUUACUUAUGGCAAUCCUAAGUGAAUAAUUUCUUACAAUCAGACAUAACACCAAUUAAACAUAACAAACAAAAAAACACAGUGACGUCUUUUACAGGUCUCUCUUUAGCUUCCAGAAAUUUUUAUGGGGUAGAUGAAAAAAAAGAUUGGCUAAGACUUCUGUUUAAAAAUUUUAUUCAUAGCCCUCAUGUUCACUUAGUAGACUGUUCUGCAAAGUCCUCCUAAAUAAAUAUCUGAAAAGUGUUAUAUGUCUUUAUAAAAGGUAGAGUUUAGUUGGUAUCGCUGUUGUCAUCAGAGGACCUGUGCAGAACCCUUAUGAAGGGCCUGAAAAAAGAGGACACACUCUCUGACCAGAAAAUCAUUGUUAUAGCAAGAUAACAUCUAGGAUGAUAUACUGCAGAAGUCUUUGGCUAGCGUAUAGAAAUAAACAUGUAGUUGUUUCAAGGACAUUUAGAGAAGUUGAUCUUGUUCCAUUGUUAGGUUCAAAAUAUUUUCAGCUUAAAAAUAGAGUACGUGACACGAAGUUUGUGCAUUCUGAAAUUAUUUUUACUAAGAUUUUUGAGAGAAAAAUUUAGUUUCCGAAAAGAAUAACAGCAUGUGUUGUAAAAGAACUAUGAAGACAAAUACUUAUAAGAGUUUAUUUUUAAAUAUGCUCCACUUUUAAGGAUUCCUAU